AUGGCGACCAAGACAGCCAUCCCCGUCAUCCUCGUCAGCGCCGGGAGCGCGGGGCUCGGCGCGGCCACCGCCCGGCUGUUUUGCAAGAACGGGUACAGGGUCGUGGUCAACUACAGCAGCAACGCGGAGCGGGCCAAUCAGCUCGUGACCGAGUUUGCCGGCCUCUCGCCGCUGCCACCCGCUGAGCACCAGGGCGCCUUUGCCGCCGUCCGGGCGGACCUGUCGCAGCGCGACGACAUUGUUGCCCUUGUCGACGAGUCCGUACGCCGCAUGGGCAGGCUCGAUGUCGUCUUUUCCAAUGGUGGCUGGACGAGGAUCCGGGAUAUGACCAGUAUUGACGAUAAUACAUUCGAAGAAGAUUGGGACAAGUGUUUCAACAUGAACGUCAAGUCGCACCUCUGGUUGAUGCACGCAGCCAAGAAGCAUCUCGACGAGACGGAAGGCGCUUUCAUUACCACGGCAUCUCUAGCGGGCGUGAGCCACAGUGGUAGUUCUCUGGCGUAUUCGGUCACCAAGGCCGCGCAGAUUCAUCUGGUCAAGGCGUUGGCCAACAUGGCGGCGCCAAAGAUUCGAGUCAACAGCGUGUCUCCAGGACUUCUCCUCACGGAAUGGGGUGACAGGUUCUCAGAUGAGGCAAAGGAGGCUAACCUCCAAAAGACAAAGCUGAAGCGGCUUGCGACGGUCGAGGAUGUUGCCGAGCAGGUCUUUGUGUUUGCAAAGAGCAGAAGCCAGACGGGUACUAAUGCCAUCAUUGACUCUGGCUUUUUACUAGCGUAA